AUGCGGGGUGACGCCUCCCUCCCGCACGGCCCGGUCACUUUCGUGGUCGGAAAGGAGGAGCAGCGCAUCGAGCACGUGAGCAAGAACCUGCUCUGCGUGCGGUCCGAAUACUAUGGGAAGAUGUUUGGCAUCGGCAUGAAGGAGCGCGACGCCGCCGAGAUCACGGUGCCCAAGACGGACCUCGCCAGCUUCACCGCCUUCAUUGACUACCUCUGCACCGACCAGCUCGACCUCGGCGAGGGGGAGGGCGAGCAGGCGCGGCGCGCUCUCGUGCUGCGGGAGCUGGCGCAGAUGUACCAGGUGCCGCGCCUCGAGCUGCUCUGCGCGCAGGCGCUGCAGGAGAGCGUCGGGCCAGCGAGCGCCGUGCCGCUGCUCGAGGCGGCGCACACGACGGGCGACGGGCGGCUCCUCGCGCAGUGCCGCCGCUACGUGGCCGACAACGCCGCCGAGGUGCGGGCGAGCGGCGGCGUGGAGCAGCUGCGCGACCUUGGCGUGGCCAAGGGGCUGCUCGGCGACGCGCUCGACCAGGUGGCGGAGCUGAAGAUGGGGGCGGCGCGCACGGCGGCGGGCCGGAGGGCAGCGCCCGCCUAG